UCCUCCCCACCUGUCGGGCUCCCCAUGCGCCCGGCUUCCCGAAGCAACGCCCUGGCGACGGGACUGGGAACUCUCGGCGUGGGAGUUACCUUUCCGUUCGGCUUCCCCAGACAGACCCCAAAGACCCGAAACCGGGGCGGGGGUGGGGUGGGCGGAGGGAAAUUCCUACCCGGCCCUCGGCACCCCACCUCCGCCCCCAGUUUUUGUCCCCGGCUCGCUGCCUUUCUCGCUCCGAUGCAGCCGAGCCUCACCACCACUUCUAGGUGGCCGUCCGGCGGAGGCGGUGGCGAGCUCCGGGACUCUGGACAGGGAAAUGGGGCAGGGAGAAAACCAAAAGCCAAGGCACCACUUCCUCCAGCUGAGACCAAAUACCUUGAUGCCUCUUCAGUUGAUGAUACUGUAGACUCCUCUGCUUGCAUCAUGGAACAGAAAGAAAACAUGAUAGAUAAAGACAUUGAACUCUCAGUGGUGCUACCUGGAGAUAUUAUCAAAUCCACUACUGUUCAUGGCAGUAAACCUAUGAUGGACUUGUUGAUAUUCCUCUGUGCACAGUAUCACUUAAACCCAUCAAGUUACACAAUUGAUCUGCAGUCAGCUGAAAACAACCCCAUUAAAUUUAAGCCAAACACACCAAUAGGAAUGUUGGAGGUGGAGAAAGUCAUUUUAAAGCCAAAAGUUUUGGAUAAGAAAAAAUCUACACCUAUAAUACCAGAGAAAACUGUGAGAGUCGUGAUCAAUUUUAAGAAAACGCAGAAGACAAUAGUGAGAGUUAGCCCACAUGCACCACUUCAAGAACUUGCCCCCAUUAUAUGCAGCAAAUGUGAGUUUGAUCCACUGCAUACACUGUUGUUGAAGGAUUAUCAAUCUCAGGAGCCCCUUGAUUUGACAAAAUCUCUUAAUGACCUGGGACUAAGAGAAUUAUAUGCCAUGGAUGUCAGCAGAGCCACUUCUGUUACUGCCUCCAAUAAGUCAUCUUUACAAGAAUCCUGCCAAAUAUCACAAAACCUAGACAUUAUGAAGGAGAAAGACAAUAAAGGUUUUUUCAGCUUUUUUCAACGCAGUAAGAAAAAGCGGGAACAGACUGCAAGUGCUCCUGCAACUCCUCUAGUAAGUAAGCAUCACCCGGCUUUUACUAGGUCCAAUACCAUUUCCAAACCAUACAUUUCAAACACCCUGCCAUCCGAUGCGCCCAAGAAGAGGCGGGCUCCACUGCCUCCAAUGCCAGUGUCUCAGAGCGCCCCGCAGGACCUUGCUCACAUCCAGGAGAGGCCAGCUUCUUGUGUAGUGAAAUCCUUGAGUGUGGAUGAAACAGAUAAGAAUCCCUGUGGAGCAGGCAUAGUGAGGACCGGCUCGCUGCAGCUCAGUGGUACAUCUGUUGGCAACUCAUCUUUGAAAAGGACAAAGCGAAAAGCACCUUCCCCACCCUCCAAAAUGCCCCUGCCUCUAAGUGAUGAAGAUAAUCAUGUGACUGUCCUGCAGGCGGGACGUGCAGUUCCUACAGACAGUGCUGUGGAAGCCAGCUGCCCCGAGGGGCCGUCCAACCCAGAUUUUACUUCUUUGGCAGAAGCCCCCCUUGGCCCUGGGCUCCCCAGUCACGAACAGUGCACUGUGCCCAGAUCGCUGGAUGAAGCCUCUCUCUCGGAGUGCCCUGGAACACCCAAGGCGGCCGUAGCAUCUCUGACACCUGGAAUAAGCUCUGAUCGUAGCCUUGAAGAGAUAGAUGAAAAGGAAGAACUGAGUGAAGUGCCUAAAGUUGAGGCUGAAAAUGUUUCUCUGAAGUCACAAGAUAUUCCUUUUGGAUCUACUGAUAUAAUAAAUACACUGAAAAACAAUCCUAACUCAGCCUUUGGCAGUGUUACUGGAGAGUCCGCACAAAACUCCAAAGAAGAAAAACAAGAAGCUAGAAACACAGAUGGACAAGGGCCACGCAUUAUGGUAUAUAAUGCAAGCAAUGAAGAGAGAGUAGUGGACAAUGUAAGAAACUUGAAGUCAUUGGGCUCAAACCAGGAAAAUGUAGAUCAAAAUGAAAUAAUUGUCAUUCCAACGGACACAGAAAAGAAUAUGAAAAAUGGAGUGAGGAUAACAGAAAUCAAUGUGGGAGGUGUUGCCAAAAAUAACAGUGUGGACAUGGGAGCUGACAGACUAUCAAACUAUCAGGCACAUAAAACUGAUACUGCUGAAAGUUACAAGGAAAAUCAUCUAGCUCCAUCAUUAGUGGCAGGCCAAAAACUGAAUCAACCCAGUGAGGAAAAGACAAAAAUGCAAGAUGCGGCGAUUCAGACAAACCCUUCCUCUGACAGUUUUGAGGGGAAUCACCAAGGCCAUCAUUUGUCUAAUUUCAAAGUUAAUGAGAGUGUGCAAACUCCAAGUAACAGUAAAUCAACUCAACCCUCAUCUCUAAGUCCCCAAGAUUCUGCUGUAGAUGCCUCAAGGAAAUUCAGGAGUCAGGGCCCCUUCAACGUACAUUCAGAGAAUCAACUCACCAUAAAAGAUCCAGUUUGUGCACGUGGUAAUGAUGGCCUUUUGCCUUCUGUAGAUGGGAUUGAUAAAAACUCAACUAUUUCAAAGAAUUAUCCACUUUAUAGACAAGACUAUGAUCCCAAGCCAAAACCUUCAAAUGAAAUCACAAGAGAGUACAUACCCAAAAUUGGAAUGACUACUUAUAAAAUAGUGCCUCCCAAGUCCCUGGAGAUACUGAAAAAUUGGGAAUCAGAAACCACUGGGUAUAAAGACAAUCACGAGAUCCAUACUUUAGGAGAAAAGCACACUGGUGAAAAUGUGAAAGAAACUGCAAUCCAAACAGAAGAUCUUGUUAUUUCCGACAACCCAAAGGAGCCACAGGCAGACCUUAAACUACAGCCGAGCCCAAGAACAGAGCAUCAGGUCCACGGCGUGGAGAACUCACCCUGCAUUGCCAUGGGGAGUCCUCUGAAACCUACUCCCAGAAUGACAAGGGACACUGGCACAGCUCCUUUUGUGCCAAAUUUGGAAGAUAUAAACAAUAUUUUGGAGUCAAAACUUAAAUCUCGGGUUUCAAAUCCCCAGACCAAACCAAGUUCUUUUUUCCUACAGAUGCAAAAAAGAGUUUCAGGUCACUAUGUGACAUCUGCAGCUGCCAAAGGUGUCCAUGUGGCCCCUAACCCUACUCCGAAAGAACUAAUAAAGAAAGAGAGGGAAAGGGAAGUGAUACCUCCUCCAGAACAAACUCUUUCUCCCUUAAGUAAAACAACUCCGUCUCUUCCACAGCCCCAGAUUAAAAAUGCUGAUGAUAACAUCAGCAACCAGAAGCCUACUGAAACCCCUCCACCUCCCAUAGCCCCGAGACCUGUUCCUCUUCCUGCGAAUCAAUUAGCUGCACUAAAUCUGAAGACUUUGAAAACUUUUGGUGCACCGAGACCUUACUCGAGCUCUGCUCCCUCACCCUUUGCCCUCGCUGUAGUGAAACGGUCACAGUCUCUCAGCAAAGUGCGCACAGUGUCAUGCAGUGAGGGUGCAGCUGCCCGACCUCCACCUGACACAGAAGAAGGGAAGGCUCCUUCUGUAAAUAAAUUUGUGGGCAUCCCACAACUACUUGUGAGUGAUAAGGGAAAUAACUCUGCACAUAAUGAACAGAAUUCCCAAAUACCGUCUCCAACUGACUGCCCAUCAUUCAUUCUUAAGAGACAAAGUUCUUUAACAUUCCAAAGCUCUGACCCAGAACAGAUCCGACAGAGUUUGCUCACUGCAAUCCGUUCUGGAGAGGCUGCUGCCAAAUUGAAAAGGGUUACUGUUCCAUCAAAUACAAUAUCUGUGAAUGGAAGGUCAAGACUCAGCCAUUCCAUGUCCCCUGAUGCCCAGGAUGGCCAUUAAAUGUGCCCUGUCACAAUGCACUUCACCACCGCUAUUUCACAGGACAAUGUCAUGCUGAUGGAGAAUGUUGGCCAAUGUAUAUCCAGAUGUACACUAAUAUAUUGUCUAUUAAAGUGUAAGAAUUUGUGCUGUGGCUUUUAAUGCCAAAAGAAGAAUUACAGAAUUUAUAAGUUAUAAUAUUUUGGGCCUUUUUUUUUUUUUUUUUUUUUUUUGCCUUAAAAGCUGACUAUGCUGCUUUAGAACUUUAAGACAAGGUGUUAAUGACUUUCAUUUUUCUUAAAUGAGACAUCGUCACCUUUUGUGGAUUUCACUUACUGACACAUUCUCUACAAUGGUGACUUAGACAAAAGAAUAAAUUAAGAUUCAUAGACUUGUAUUUGUGUGACACAUAAAUAGGUAGGCAAAUGUAGAUCUGACAUUCGCUGCCUCAAUGUUACAGUUUAAUUGGAAAUGUUUAUAAGUUAUAUUAAAGUGUAUUUUGGCUGAAAGUAUGAUCUAGAGAUCUAAGAAUAUCAAAUAAGUAUAUUUGGUUCGACAGUUCAUUUAAAUGAUGAAUCACUUAGUGUGCAAGCCUUAUCUUGUGUGUUCUUUAUGUAAUUAUAAAAUCAAUGUCAAAUUUAUGGGAAGCUUAUAAUAUUUUAAUAUUUUAUUAACAUGGAACAUUUGUUUUUUUAAUCUUUAGAACUUAAAUUGCACAAGGAACAUUUUAAAUAUUUUUUUUGUAUAUAAUCAUGGCAUUGUUGUCACACAGAUAUUAUAUAUUUUAUGUGCCAGAAGCCUUAGAAAUCGUAUGAAAAUGUUGGUCUAUAUUGACAGUUAUUUCACAUUUGAUAUGUAGUGAGGAAUAGGGGUUAGUAUAUGUCCAUAUUGGAGAACUUCAAAGACUACUUGGAGGUUCCAGAAAUCUUUGUUUUAAUUAAAAUAAAAUGAUAAAGUCAUUAUGUAGCUCAGAUGCUAAUAUUCUAAAUAAUAUAUAUAUACAUUAAACUAAAACUAUUAAGCCGAACAAUGCCUAAUUUGUUGGCUUAUAACUAUUGGCGUCUAGAGCUCAUUCAUGUUCUAGUCCUACUUUAAGAAUCUAAUUGCUCAUUUAUUCUCAAAGCUUUGUCAAACAAGUUGAUGUUAAGUUGGUUUUCACUAAAGCUCUUGGGAUGUCUGCCUCUUUGGACGAUAUGUUGAUUUUUUCAAUGUUUAAUAAAAGCAAGUUAUACGUUU